CCGUAGACAUUUCAUUUGUCGGCGGUCGACUCACGGGGAGCACCUUUUCGAAUCGGCCGUGAGGUUUUUUGAAAUUUGAAAGCUUCAAAAACCCUUGAGCUUUUAAAAAGAAAAGCAGCACCAUGGAAGAGUCGUCUUAUCCACCGGUCCGGCGGCCCCUGCCCAUGGCGGCCGCUCAGCCUGCACGCGCACAUGAACCUGGAGACCCCGUUCUGCGAGGGUAGCUAGAGUCCUCCUCCUGCAGGAGAACACACACAUUCAGCGCGAGGAGACUUUGGCACGAGCUCCACGACAUCCCCUCACCCCUCCCUCCCUCCUCCUCCCCCCCUCCUCCUGGCACACAGAGAGAGAGAGAGAGAGAGAGAGCUGAGCGAGGGAACGUGGGAAAAAGAGGAAGACGAUGUACCAAACGCUGCUCCUCAUCUCCUCCCUCUUCAUCCUCCACGUGAUGGGCACCGCGCAGUUCUUCGCUCACCACGGGAGGAGGGUGUGCGGCCAAGACCUCCGUCACAGCGUUGUCAUGGCAACAGAGUCAUACGUCCAGCCGGUGCACAAGCCCUACAUAACCCUGUGUCAGGGGCAUCGCCUCUGCAGCACCUACAAGACUGUGUACUCAGUGGCGUACAGGCAGGUGAGCAGAGCAGCACCUCCGUCCCAUUUCUAUCCAGAGUGCUGCCCCGGCUGGUUGAGGUUUCACUCUCACAACUGCAACCAAGCUCUGUGUGGACAACCCUGUGUGAAUGGAGGUACCUGUUUAAGACCCGACCAGUGUGCAUGUCCGCUGGGCUGGACAGGACGCCAGUGCCAAACAGAUGUCGACGAGUGCAGCGAGCAGCAUCGGUGCGCCCAGGAGUGCGUGAACACAGCCGGCAGCUAUCGAUGUGAGUGCAGAGACGGCUUCAAGCUCGACAGUGACGGCCAUUCCUGUCCGAGCCUUCCUCCUCCUCCUCCUCCUCCUCGUGCUUCUCCUUCCACUCCCACUCAGGCAACAGUGGGUGGUCACACGGAUGCGGGUGGAGGGUUUAGCCUUGCAGAGAAUGUGACGGAGGAGGUGCAGAGCCUGAGGAACCGAGUGGAGCUCCUGGAAAAGAAGUUACAGUUGGUGUUGGCCCCCUUCAACAACUUCUUCCCCCUGUCGCUGGACGAGGGUUUGUCAGAAAAAACCACCUUACUGUCCCACUCCUUCCAGCAGCUGGACCGCAUCGACUCCCUCAGCGAGCAGAUCGGCUUUCUGGAGGAGCGACUCGGCACAUGUUCUUGCCAGGAGACUUAACCACCAAACAUGUCCAGUGAAGUGAAUAACGACCCAAACCUGCCAGAGAUCGUACGCAUCAAGACGGAUGGAUUGCAGAAAAAAAAAGUUCUUGCAGUGCCAUGUAGCAAUCAUCGCACAAAUCAUUGUUAUUUUCUUUCCCCUCCCAACGACUAUUUACCUUUCUUUGCGGAUUAAUGUCAAAUUCUCGAUUGUGUAACAGUACCUGUGGCAGGACCGGUUUCAGCAUGACAUCAUCCCUUGUAACAUCUGAAUCAGACCCCUGGAAGAGUCAAAAGUCAAAUCGUCCACUUUGUUCCUGUGUUUGUUUUUGCAUCAGUGCAGCUGUGUCCUCUGUCCUGAGGCGGACAUGGACAUCUGUAUUUAUCUAUUUAAGUUAUGAUUACUGUUAGGUAUUUCUCAGCGCUCCGAUAGACAUUUGUACCUGGUUUUGUAAUGUUUUGUAAUAAAAGUCUUAAUCAAAAA